GCCCGGGAAGUCUCGCGAGAGUCAGCGGCGUCCGCCCUUGGGCGCUGGGAGCCGGCGGGUCGGGCCGUGCGGGACCCGGGGUACCAGCCGUCAUGGCUAAGACGUUUCUUCACCAGUACUGGGACAUUCCCGAAGGCACCGAGUGCCACCGCAAGGCCUACGCCGCCACCACGAUCGGUGGUGCCACUGGCCUCAUCGUCUCUGCCUACAGCGUGGCUCUCCAGACCCCAGCCUCCUUCCUGGAGGGAGUGGCGAGGACAGGACGGUACACAUUUACUGCAGCCGCCAUCGGUGCCAUAUUUGGCCUCACCUCCUGCAUCAGCGCCCAGGUCCGCGAGAAGCCCGAGGACCCUCUCAACUACUUCCUUGGAGGCUGCGCUGGAGGCUUGACCCUGGGAGUGCGCAGCCACAGCUACAGGAUUGGAGCCGCCGCCUGCGCGUACAUGGGCAUGACGGCCGCCCUGGUCAAGAUGGGCCAGCUGGAGGGCUGGAAGGUGUUUGCAGAGCCCAAGGUGUGAGCACCAGUGCCUCCUGGGACCUCGGACAGGUUGAAAUUAAUCUAAAAAUAAUAAAUCUUGUGUAUGUUUCUGUGCA